AUGCAGUGCCAAGGAAGGGUCUUCCUCAUCCUCCUGGUUUUCGUCCUCCUGUACCUCCCGCACAGUUUGCAGGAUGUGAAAGAACGACAUGAGUGCUCCUGUCGUGCUGCUGACCUGCUGCCAUCAUUGGUGCAGCGAGCUCUCAAGUCGAACGAGGGGUAUGCCAUAAUGGUCGAUGACCCCGAUGCCUCUCAGUUCCUUGAUCGGAGCGAGAUUGCUUCGAACCUGCAAGUCUUCCACCUCCUUGAUUUGGCAGAGGACUGCGACCUUGGCUGUAUCGUCUCCUUCCCCUCCCUCCCGCUUCUCCUUGGCAAUGCCAGUGAAAUCCAUGCCAUCCCGAGCGUCCGUUCAGCCCUUCUAGCAUCUGCUGGCUGCACGAAAUGUCGCAAGUUCUGCACAAGCUGGGAGAUCCUGGACAGGCCGCGCGGGUUCCAGCAUCUCGGGUCGAGCAUCGACGAACCUCAAGACGGGGACCAGCUAGUCGAAGAUGGUGUCGGUCACAUGCAGGAGAUUUUGAUCUCGUUCCGGAGAGGGCAGGCCAUCCCGGAGAGCUCGGAGCUGACGAUCCUUGUGAACGGAAUCUUAUCGUUCCGAUCCUCACUCGCCCAGGAGCCAUCGUCCAUGUUAGGUGAGGGGGGGGAGGUUGACGUUUGCGAUCUUUUGCUGGACGGCGGUCUUAUCCCCACGGUCGACGGGAGGUGUCAGAUCGUUGCUCAUAUACGAAUGGCGGAGCUGGGGGAGAAGCGUGUGUCAGUGCUUCUGAGCAGCGAGCGAGGAAGAUCGACAGCUGUGAGCAUAGGGUUCACCGUGCUGAAGGGACUGUUGGAGCAGCAGGCACUUGCGGACCGGCAGGAGGUUAUUGUGAGGACUGCCAUGGUGAUGUUGGUGUGGUGGAAGGACCGAGUGAGGAGGCCCGUUCAGAUGGGGAAGGGGAGCUGGUCUUGGCAAGAGAUCGAGGUUCCCAGACUCAACACGAGGGCUCGACGGUUCGAAGACAACUACAAGGACUUCAAACGUCUCCAGAUCGAUCAAAUGCUGGCCAGAUACGGGUUGCAGAGGGGAGAUGCAGGAGAUUUUCCCGGCAGGAACCCACAGAGGCACGAGGAUCGCAAGACCAUAGCUGAGCAGAUUUAUCACGCGGAGUCAAACGCUCAUCGAUUUGAACAAGCUCUCAUCUCUCACCCUCUUCCAAACUCAACCAUUCGAGUUCUCGACAAAGUUCCAGUCCUUCUGGUCCUCCGCAUAGCUAUGGGUUACAAGCUCCUCUCCCCUGAAAUCCCGAAUACAAUCCUUCAAGUCGAAUUCGAGAUAACUUUGAGAUCGUCGGAUAAUCACCGACCCUUCGAAGAAUCUAGAGUUCUGCACAGGUACGCAGACGGGGAGGAGGCUCCUCACUUUCUCUCUCUCGACUACUCAGUCGGCGAUGUCGCUGUUACCAUCCCCAGCUCAGUCUUGCUGACCCUGCGGCUUGUUGUGCUUGCGAUGAGAGGAGAGCGACAGGGGAACUUGUCCUACGACUUCAACUCAACUGUCAAGCUUGCGACAAGGGAGCCAAGUUACGAGAUGAAGGAGAACGGAGAGAGUCCAGCAAGCUUCUCGCAGGUGUUCGUCGUCACUAUCACUCAUCAGCGGUUGGAUGCGGAUAGGCUACGAGACGUCCUUCUGGCGAUGAACUUGCCCGAGCCGAGCAAGUGGGAGGCAUUCGAUGCGUAUGAGGUGAUUGAGACUUGA